GCGGUCGUGAGCUCCUCAGACGGGGCGGGGCGAUCCGUAGGCAGGGCCUGACGCCGCAGUUCUCCUUGGCCGGAGCCUCAACGGAUGGGCGGGGAGGGGGCGGGGCCGGGCAACCCGGAAGGUCCGGCGCCUCAGCUGCCCACCUCGCUGGGACCCUGGUCUUGCUGUCCCCCGCUGGCCUCCUGCCCAAGCGACUGCGGCCAGGAUGGGCCGGAAGGUGACCGUGGCCACCUGCGCACUCAACCAGUGGGCCCUGGACUUCGAGGGCAAUUUGCAAAGAAUUUUAAAGAGUAUUGAAAUUGCCAAAAACAGAGGAGCAAGAUACAGGCUUGGACCAGAGCUGGAAAUAUGCGGCUACGGAUGUUGGGAUCAUUAUUACGAGUCGGACACCCUCUUGCACUCGUUUCAAGUCCUAGCGGCCCUUCUGGAGUCUCCCGUCACUCAGGACAUCAUCUGCGACGUGGGGAUGCCUGUAAUGCACCGAAACGUCCGCUACAACUGCAGAGUGAUAUUCCUCAACAGGAAGAUCCUGCUCAUCAGACCCAAGAUGGCCUUGGCCAAUGAAGGCAACUACCGUGAGCUGCGCUGGUUCACCCCGUGGUCGAGGAGUCGGCACACAGAGGAGUACUUUCUGCCUCGGAUGAUACAGGACCUGACAAAGCAGGAAACUGUACCCUUCGGAGAUGCGGUGCUGGUGACGUGGGACACCUGCAUUGGAAGUGAGAUCUGUGAGGAGCUCUGGACACCCCACAGCCCGCACAUCGACAUGGGCCUGGAUGGCGUGGAGAUCAUCACCAACGCCUCGGGCAGCCACCACGUGCUGCGCAAAGCCAACACCAGGGUGGAUCUCGUGACUAUGGUCACCAGCAAGAACGGUGGGAUUUACUUGCUGGCCAACCAGAAGGGUUGCGACGGGGACCGCCUGUACUAUGACGGCUGCGCCAUGAUCGCCAUGAACGGAAGCAUCUUUGCUCAAGGAUCCCAGUUUUCUCUGGAUGAUGUGGAAGUCCUGACGGCCACGCUGGAUCUGGAGGACGUCCGGAGCUACAGGGCGGAGAUUUCAUCUCGAAACCUGGCGGCCAGCAGGGCGAGCCCCUACCCCAGAGUGAAGGUGGACUUUGCCCUCUCGUGCCACGAGGACUUGCUGGCACCCAUCUCUGAGCCCAUCGAGUGGAAAUACCACAGCCCUGAGGAGGAGAUAAGCCUUGGACCUGCCUGCUGGCUCUGGGAUUUUUUAAGACGAAGUCAACAGGCAGGGUUUUUGCUGCCCUUGAGUGGCGGGGUGGACAGCGCAGCCACCGCCUGCCUCAUCUACUCCAUGUGCUGCCAGGUCUGCGAGGCCGUGAGGAGCGGAAAUGAGGAAGUGCUGGCUGAUGUCCGCACCAUCGUGAACCAGAUCAGCUACACUCCCCAGGAUCCCCGAGACCUCUGUGGACGCAUACUGACCACCUGCUACAUGGCCAGCAAGAACUCCUCCCAGGAGACGUGCACCCGGGCCAGAGAGUUGGCCCAGCAGAUUGGAAGCCACCACAUCAGUCUCAACAUCGAUCCAGCCGUGAAGGCCGUCAUGGGCAUCUUCAGCCUGGUGACGGGGAAGAGCCCUCUGUUUGCAGCUCAUGGAGGAAGCAGCAGGGAAAACCUGGUGCUGCAAAAUGUGCAGGCUCGAAUACGGAUGGUCCUUGCCUAUCUGUUUGCUCAGUUGAGCCUCUGGUCUCGGGGCGUCCACGGUGGGCUCCUCGUGCUGGGAUCCGCCAACGUGGAUGAGAGUCUCCUGGGCUACCUGACCAAGUACGACUGCUCCAGUGCGGACAUCAACCCCAUAGGCGGGAUCAGCAAGACGGACCUCAGGGCCUUCGUCCAGUUCUGCAUCCAGCGCUUCCAGCUUCCUGCCCUGCAGAGCAUCCUGUCGGCGCCGGCCACCGCAGAGCUGGAGCCCUUGGCUGAUGGACAGGUGUCCCAGACUGACGAGGAAGAUAUGGGGAUGACAUAUGCAGAGCUCUCGGUCUAUGGGAAACUCAGGAAGGUGGCCAAGAUGGGGCCCUACAGCAUGUUCUGCAAACUCCUCGGCAUGUGGAGACACAUCUGCACCCCGAGACAGGUCGCUGACAAAGUGAAGCGGUUUUUCUCCAAGUACUCCAUGAACAGACACAAGAUGACCACGCUCACACCCGCGUACCACGCCGAGAACUACAGCCCUGAGGACAACAGGUUUGAUCUGCGACCAUUUCUGUACAACACGAGCUGGCCUUGGCAGUUUCGGUGCAUAGAAAAUCAGCCCCUGGUAGCCACCAUCGCACUCUCUGCUUCCACAAGAUCACCUUUUCAAGAUUCCACAGACGAAUCAGACCAUGCGGUAUUUGUCUUUCUCUGCCUGGCUUAUUUCCCUUUAAGAUGUUCAUGUAGGUUCAUCCGUAUUGUUGCAAAUGGCAGAAUUUCCUUCUUUCCUAAGGCUGCAUAGUUCUCCACUGUGUGUGCACCGCACUUUCUCUAUCCACUCAUCCAUCGGUGCGCGCUCAGGCUGAUUCCACAGCUGUGCUGUUGGGAAUGGCGCUGUGGUGAAUGCGGGCAUGCAGAUGUCUUGUCGGCAGAUGAGUUCAUUUCCUGUCAGUUAUACCCGGUAGUGGGGUGGCUGGAUCGCAGGGUAGUUCUAUUUUUAAUCUUUGGAGGAAUCUCUGCACUGCCUUCCACAAUGGCUACACUAAUUGCUGAGUGUGUUUAGAGUCUGGCGUGCAGUCCUUUUGGCUAGGCUCUACUUGCUGGCAUUACAUAAACUAAAAUUAGCAGCUGGACACCCCUCUAUGAGUAUGGUGACAAUCACUGUCGUUUCUAAGUAGCCGGGGUAUCCAGAUGGCGUCAUGGCUUCCAACCCACCCUGCUUUCCUUUUCUUUUUCUAAUUAGUUAUUAAUAGAAUCAAGAAAGGACAAUACAAUCAAUGAAAAAGGAUAGGCCCUUCCCUUUUCCAAAGCCAGUUUGGGAGCCAUGACAGAGCAGCUUGGCCAUGGCCUCCCUAGCGCAGGGGAUCAUCUGACGAGAGGAGAGAGCCGGCCAGUGAGUCACUGUCAACAAUGAUAAAUCAGAGGCCGGCUGCAAUGGCUCACGCCUGCCAUCCCAGCACUUUUGAGAGGAUCACCUGACCCCAGGAGUUGGAGACCAGCCUGGGCAGCAUGGCAAAACCCCAUCUCUACAAAAAAUAUAACAAUUAGCCAAACGUGGUGGUGCACACCUGUGGUUCCAGCUACUUGGGAGGCUGAGGAGGGAGAAUCACCUGAGCCAAGGAGAUGGAAGCUGCAGUGAGCUGUGAUCGUGCCACUGCACUCCAGCCUAGGUGACAGAGCCAGAGCCUGUCGCAAAACAAAAUUUAAAUUAAAAAAAUUAAAAACAGUGAUAAAUCCUGAGGAGUCUACACUGAGCUGGAGGACACCUAGUGUCCUUCCAGCACCUGUGAGACCAUAGCACAGUGUGAUCAGUGCACAACAGAGGCACACACAGGUGCUGUAUGACCACAGAGUAGUAACCUUCUAAUCAGGAAGAUGUCUUGAACUCUUCCUUAAGGACAUGAGGAAAACCCGCCUCUGCUGAGCUAGAGGCCACAAGAUGCCGCUUUAUACCUCAUGGUCGGUGACAGCAUCUCUGAGCAGGUGGCCUGUAAAACGAGGUGGAUCAGUGGCAGGGGUUCUACAUCUGGGACCGUUGACCCCCCCGAGGAGACAUUAGGUGAUGACUGGAGAUGAUUUUGGUUAUCAUGACUGGGCUGGGGUCUGUGCUCCCAGCAUCCCGUGGGUGGAGCCCAGGGAUGCUGCUGAAUGUCCUACCGUGUGCAGGAUGGGCCCCUCCCAACCCCACACCCAGCAGAGAAUUCUUUGUUCCACGUGUUGGUGGUGCCAAGGUUGAGGAAUGCUGACAUUUGGGACUAGAAGACAUUUGGGGCUGCAUGGUUGUAAGGAAGAGAUAUUGUAUCUGGCUGAUUUCCGUGGAAUGGAACUUGCUCAAAGAGUGACUUAGAGGGUGGAAGGGAGGGCAGGGGUCACAGGGUCUGGAAAGCUGGGACUCAGGCCAGGUGGCUGCUGCCCUAUAUCCCCUGCUGUGGUUGGACGGAGCCCACCCGCCACACCCGGCCUGGGCUGGAUGCCAACCUGCUCUGCCAUCCCUGAGUCCCAGUGUCCCUGGGUCACCAGGCAGUGGAGUGGCCAAGCCUCGGGUGAUGGGCCCUGUCAUCUGGCCACCCAGGGCAGGAGAGGGAGCUGCCCCAGCUCUGGCCUCUGUAGUGGGAGGUGGGGGCUUGGCUCCCACCAAGAUGUACUCAGGGGCGGGCUCCCCCAGAUCAGGAAGGGGGUUCAGACACUAUGCAGCCAAAAGAGUGACGCAUGUGGGAGCAUCAGAGACAGCUGCAGGUAAAGGUGGAGACACUGCUGUCAUCUGCGGUGACAGCUAUGCGUGUUCUGGACCCGCCCCUCCAGGCUUUUCCAGCGCACAUGCCCAGCAUCCGGUGGGGACUCUGGUCAUUUACUUUUUCACCUCUGGGACUUGUGACCUGCUUUUGGUGCAUGCCAGUGUUUCAACAGCCCCACAGUCCGUCU